CACAAACACUCAGCCCGCAACGCAAUGUCUUCGCCAGCACCCAGGCGCUCGCAGCGCGCUUCCCAGUCGGCUACUCCCAGGCGGAGCACCCGCAACUCGCAAAUUCCUGAAACCAGCCCGUCCGCUGCUGCUCAGCCGCAGAUUUCGACACCCUCAUCGAGGCUCCAGCACCAGAAUGUCCCGGCUUCUUCGCCGCUUUUCUUUCAGUCGUCCCCUGCUAAUGGCGCGGGCCCUUCUAAUGGCGCCGAUGCUCAUACGCCCGGCAGAGAGCCGCUGAAUGAUGUCGACGGCGACAGGACUCCGAGAGCUUCGGCUAUGAACGCUGCUGAAUCUUCUCCCAUCCGCUACGCUUCUAGUUCUAGCCCUGGGCGCCGUGAACCCCGGAGUAGUAGCAGUGCCCUCUUUGUCGGAGCACCGAGUAGUGCCCGCAACCGCCGCAGCGACAUAAACUCCGAUGCGUUCGGCACCUCGAGCGCUCGUGGCCGGAGGCUUUUUGUGGACGAGAAUGGCAACACCGUUGGUUCGGGCACUCCUUCUGACGUCGCGACCUUCUCGAACCUUGACCCGCAAACCUCGGAUGCCGAGAUCAUGGGCGGCGACUCGACUAGAGUCAUUUGGGGUACCAAUGUCUCUAUUCUGGACUCGAUGAACGCUAUGAAGGACUUCCUCUUCAACUUCCAGAAGAAAUACCGCAUGAUCCAGGACGGCGACUUGCAAGAGGGAACAAACUUGCCGCAAGACCACCCCGGCAGCAUAAAAGAGUACACGGAGCUGAUGCGGACGAUGCUUGACCUGGGUGUUACCGCACUCAACCUCGACGCGCGGAACCUCAAGGCCUACCCUCCGUCUAGGAAACUCUGGCACCAGCUGCAGGCGUUCCCGAACGAAAUCAUCCCGCUCAUGGAUGUGGCAGUCAAGGACGUCAUGGCCGAGUUGGCAGAGAAGCGCAUGAACGAGCUGCGACAACAGGUGCAGCAGCAAGGCCAAAGGCCGCCGAGGACUAGAGACUCUAGCUCCUUGCCUCCGGCGCCGAGCUCCGAUAUGGAUGCCCCAACGCCUCAGGUUGAUGCUGGUGCCGCUGCUGGUGCCGCUGCAGAUAUUCCGGACCUCCUUCGAGAAGUCGAAAGCAAAAUAUACAGAGUCAGACCGUUUGGUCUGGACAAGACGGUUAAUCUGCGCGAGUUGAACCCCGGUGAUAUGGACAAGCUGGUCUCGAUCCGUGGCAUGGUGUUGCGCACGACGAGUGUCAUACCCGACAUGCGGGAUGCGUUCUUCCGCUGCUCCGUCUGCAAUCAUACUGUUAAGGUUGAUAUUGACCGUGGCAAGAUUGCUGAGCCGACCGAGUGCCCGAGGCCGGUGUGCAAGUCGCCGAAUUCGAUGCAGAUUGUGCACAACAGGUCUGGCUUCUCGGACAAGCAGGUCAUCAAGCUUCAGGAGACUCCUGAUAUGGUGCCAGACGGGCAGACUCCUCAUUCGGUCUCCCUGUGUGCAUACGAUGAACUCGUCGACGUGUGUAAAGCUGGUGAUCGCGUCGAAAUUACAGGCAUUUUCAAAUGUAAUCAGGUCCGCGUUAACCCCAGACAGCGCACAGUCAAGAAUAUCUUCAAGACCUAUGUCGAUGCCCUGCACAUCCAGAAAGUGGACAAGCGCAGGAUGGGUAUCGACACCAGCACGAUUGAAGAAGAGCUCUCUGAGCGGGUCGUCGGUGAUAUUGAGGAGACGCGCAAGGUCACCGAAGAGGAGGAAGCCAAGAUCAAGGAGGUUGCAGCUCGUCCCGAUGUCUACGAUCUCUUGUCCCGUUCCCUGGCGCCCAGCAUCUAUGAGAUGGACGACGUCAAGAAGGGUAUCCUGCUACAGCUGUUUGGUGGCACUAACAAGUCGUUCGAAAAGGGUGGCAGCCCUAAGUACCGUGGCGAUAUCAACAUUCUUCUCUGCGGUGACCCAUCCACAAGCAAGUCGCAACUGCUGCAGUAUGUGCAUAAACUGGCACCCAGAGGAAUUUACACCAGCGGCAAAGGCAGUUCAGCUGUUGGUUUGACUGCCUCAGUUGUUCGCGACCCAGAGACUCGCCAGCUGGUCCUUGAAUCUGGUGCUCUUGUUCUGUCUGACGGGGGUGUGUGCUGCAUCGACGAAUUUGACAAGAUGAACGACUCCACUCGCUCUGUCCUACACGAAGUCAUGGAACAACAAACCGUCUCCAUUGCCAAGGCCGGCAUCAUCACGACUCUUAAUGCCCGUACCUCCAUCCUCGCCUCCGCCAACCCUAUCGGCUCCAAAUACAACCCCAAUCUCCCUGUCCCGCAGAACAUCGACUUGCCCCCAACGCUUCUCUCUCGUUUCGAUCUCGUCUACUUGGUCCUUGACCGCAUUGACGAACAGAAUGACCGCCGUCUGGCCCGUCAUUUGGUCAGCAUGUACCUGGAAGACAAUCCUGACAAUGCUAGCACCAACGAAGUACUACCAGUCGAGUUUCUCACCGCUUAUAUAAGCUACGCACGCGCAAACGUGCAACCACGCCUCAGCCAACCUGCUUCGGAGGCGCUAGUAAACGCGUACGUCGCUAUGCGCAAGCUGGGCGAGGACGUGCGCGCGGCAGAGCGCCGCAUCACAGCGACGACGCGUCAACUGGAAUCGAUGAUCCGGCUGGCGGAAGCACACGCAAAGAUGCGGCUGAGCGAGACAGUCGAGGCGAGCGAUGUCGAAGAGGCGGUGCGCCUGAUCAAGUCGGCGCUGAAGCAGGCGGCGACGGAUGCGCGGACGGGACUGAUCGACAUGGCGUUGUUGACGGAGGGGACGAGCGCGAGCGAGCGCCGCCGGAAGGAAGACUUGAAGAACGCGGUGUUGAGCACGUUGGAUGAGAUGACGAGGGCGGGCGGCGCGGUCAGGAUCGCGGAUGUGGUGAGGAGGGUUGGUGAGGGCGCGAGUAUUCAGGUUGAGGGCCAGGAGGUUACGGAGGCGUUGAGGGCGCUGGAGGCAGAGGGCAAGGUCAUGCUUUCUGGUGAGGGUGCGAGAAGGAGUGUUCGGAGGGUUACGGGAGUGGCGUAGGCUGUGUGAGAGCUGAGUUGUGUUGGGGUGGAGAUGAGAUGGAGAUAAAAUGGCUAAAGUCAGGGGACUGGAUACACGAAGAAAAGAUAGCAUGGGUGGUGGGACGGUUGGGUUUGAAGGCUUUCGGCCUGGGUGGCUGGCUGCCUGGUUGGCUUUUGUAUGGCUGGUUGCUUGCUAUGACAUAGUAGGGUAGGGCAUGAUAUCCGUUGCAAUGAAACGCGUUUACGAAGGGC